GCAAUUUUCCUUGGCUCACUUAAAUUAUCUCACCACGAAGUCAAGAAGUUGAUUUUAAAUUGUGACCAGACCGUUUUAACAGAGAGUGCGAUCAAUUCUUUACUGAAGUAUCUACCGUCUGCAGACCAGGUGAGCCGGCAAAUCUAGUUGAAGUCACCAGAAUUCUCCUAAAAAAUUUUUGUUUUUGAAGGCAUCUUAAUUCAUUCAAGUUGGUAGGCAAACCAUAAUCAGUGGUUUUUGAGCGAUUUUCCCAAGUAGCACAGCGAAAGCGCUGUUCCAGCUUGUAAAAAUUGCCGUUUUUCCUUCCUACCUGUCCUCAUCCAAAGGCACCUUCAAACAGUUUUAUUUGCUAGCGAUAGAAACGCAAGACUAGGCCUCUACUACUAUUACUCCAUUUAUACAUAGGUACCUGUAUUUUUAGUGUAAGUGUAUGGGUCCGUAUGUUUUUUUGUGUGUAAUAAGCGACCUUGCGAAACUACAACGGCGAGGAAGGAACUUUAAAGACUGAAACUCUUUUGUGAGUUUCUUUUGCCUUCCUCAGUCACAAGGAAGUGAAUUUACCAAGAUGUAAAUUUCCUUGAGAACUUGAGCGGCGACGCAAUAGAGUACUAAAAUGGGUCUCCACUUGAGGCGAGUGGAAUAGUCGCGAUAAAGUUUGAAUUGAAAGAAAGCGAAGUCAGUUCACAGUGACGAUUUCUAUGCCGUUGCCGGCUUCGUAUCGUACCUCCCUUUGCUUAAGAGCAGGCUUUCGAGCGCGAAACCCCAACACGAUGCAACAGCAAAUGACACUGACGUAUCUUUUCUUUAUUCCUCCAGAUGCAACAACUUGGAAACAUGAAGGAUAAUUUCGAUGAUCUGAGUGAUCCUGAACAGUUUGCUUGUUUGGUAAAUGCUCGUCAAUUUGUUUUUAUAAACUUAAAAAGGAAAAUUUUGAGACUCAGAGGCAUUGUCUGUUUUCUGUGGAGUAAAUCCAGUACAGUGUAAAUCCCGUUUAUCUGAAACUUGUUUACUAAAAACAUGCAUAAAAGUUCGUCGUUAGUUUAUGAACCUUUUUGGUGUAGCGAGCCCGAGACAGUGAAAACCUGGAAACACUGAUAAAGCUUUGUAUUUGACGUUAUUUACAUUAUAUAUGAUCAGUGCAUUUUCCUCUUAUUUCAGUUGAACUGACUUUUAAACUGUUAUCAUUUUAGCUAAGCGGAAUCAAAAAGUUGGAAUCUAGAUUAAACAUGAUUCUCUUCAAGAUGAAAUUUCCGGAAGAUAUGCAAGAUAUAAAACCGGUAAGCUCGUUGCUUCCUAGAGUUAGGUUCGACAUAUUUCAAGCGUUGGAGCUUUCAGCAAAAUGCUUGCAGAGAGUAGUUGUAUCUUGAUGCAGCUUGCGUGCAGACUUCUACGAAAGAAAAACGCUGAGACGUUUGCGUGCAGGCUUUUCUUGAAGGAUAAUGAGCAAAGUUCUGUUUUGAAAACAGGCUUCGAAUCGCUGUAGUAACUGUAGGCUAAUUUCCCCAGCAACUCGAGUGGAUGUCAAUAUGAUUUAUUUUUCCUAGGAAAAACAUUUUUUGGUUAUAUUUGUUUUUCCCAUUGCUUCUCCUUGCUAUUGGCUUCGCAGUAUAUUUUCCGCCAAUUUGCUAUCCAUUCAGAAGCUGAAACCCGAAAAUAAAACAACUGUGGCCGCGUUCAAGCAAUUUCACGCGCUUUCCGCUGGCUGUGUGAAUUGCUCUGAACUCUCAUUGGUUCAAUUAAUAGUUAAUGCGAUUUCUGAUUGGCUGAAGGUAUUACUUUGGUUUCAGUUGUGUGAAACAAAUAAGAGAAAGGCAAUGUAAACAAGAGUUGCCUUUUUCUAAUAGCUCUUAACCUAACCUCUAGAAAGCAAACAGAAUGACUUGAGCUGUUUCAAAAAAUGUCUGAGGAAAAAAAAAACGGUAAAGCUGGUCAGGGACAACCACGUUCGGUCUGGUGAACAGAAGUGCGGCAAUUAGGGUGAAAUUUCUUUCAAAUUUUGAUUGAUACCCACCCUAUAUUAAUCAUAUUCGUUUCGUUUUUUUGUAGAGUGUCGUCAAUGCAACUGCAGCGUGUCGGGAGGUGAAAACCAGUCCUAAAUUCGCCAAAUUCCUGGAACUAGUGCUUCUCAUGGGUAACUACAUGAACGCUGGCUCAAGAAACGAAGGCUCAAUGGGAUUUGAAAUGAACUAUCUCACCAAAGUAAGUUGCUCACAUCAAUCAGUCAAUUUGUUAAUGUCAUAGCGUAGGAAUAUCCGAAUGCUCAUUUGUAAACCGCAUUGACAAAAAACAGAAAAUUUAAAAAAGUAUUGUAAUUAAAAAGAAAUGUAGAAAGUACUGAAAUAUUGCGGAUAAUAUAUAUAUUUUUUAAAUAUGGGCUUUACAGUGACAACAGGUAUUUAUGUGCUUUCAGCCUGUACGCGUUUACAUAAUUCAAGCUCUCAUUUUUCAGCGGUUCUGCAUAAGCUCUCGAAAAAGGUCAUUGAAAUUUAAAAGAAGGCUUCUGUUAAGUCCUUGCAUGAAUUUGUGGCGUGAAAAGGUGUUCGAAUCCAACUCGACCGCCCUUGUUUUGGGCGAUUGUACUAUCAAGAAAAUCCAGACUAUUGUGUGAAAGCCAAGUUUAUAUACGACCCGUACAUUUUUAUGUGAUGCGGGUAGAUCCAAACAAUUGGGGCGAUCGUCGCAGAGGAGAUUUCGAGGAUUGCCUCAAUUAUCCUAGUCGUCCCGCAUUACGUCAGAGGGUUUCCAUACAAUGAUCUCGAUCGCCUGAACAUAUUUUGAGACGGCUCGAGCGGUAGAGACUGUUCUGGUGAUCAAAAUCAUUCUUCUCAAACGUAAACAGCAUAAGUUUGUGUGCGUUAUAACCCUAAUUUCAAGUAUCUUUAGUUUAUAUUUUUUAAGCCACUUUCUGUUGACAUUUUCAGUUUUAUUGAACAGUAGGAAUGCAACGAUCAAACAUUUUUUUGCAUUGCAGUUAAGUUCAACGAAAUCAGUAGACGGGCAGGUCACGUUGGUGCAUUUUCUUGAAGAUAUAAUUGAAACAAAAUAUCCAGAGAUUUCAGGCUUUGAGAACGAGUUGACCCAUGUUGAACAAGCGGCGAGAGGUAAGUCAACCUCACCACGUUUAUAAUUUCCGUCGAAGCAAAAAGACUAUGAUACCAUUUGAAAAUAACAUGUUUUCAGCGUUUCCCUUUGUGAAACUGAUCGCGAUUACGACAGCAGUCAAAAGGGCACUAAUUUAGUGAAUUCUUGUUUGUUUGUUUUUAAUUUCGUCCCAAUUUUCCUAACUUGCGAAUUUGAAUUGUUACGAUUCAUAUGCAAAGUGGAGAAUAGAUAGGAAAAAACUUGUCGUCGUGUGUUCACACCCCCUUGUGAAACGUAGUUGUGCAGAGGAGUUAUGCAGGUGCAGUUGUUUAGCUGAUCAAGUCUGAUUUGUUGUUGGUGACGUCGCUGUUGCUUAAGUCUUGAAAUUCUGUAAGCUCCCACUAAAGCCACGAAGUAUGCUCUUUGUUCGUCCGUCCGUCCGUUCGUUUGAUUGUUUAUUUGUUUGUUGGUAGGUCGUUUUGAUCUAUUUCUCGUAAGUAGUGCUGCCAAAGAGAUCGUCUGCCCACUAGCUGAUAUUACCCAGCAAAGGCUGCACUACUGUGGACGUCAAAUGUGUUAGGACUAAGUGAUAUUAGUAAAACUAAUGACGUGCCUCCACCCACUCAAAACAAUGUUGAAUUUGAGCCAAAAGGGGUGAAAUUGAGUCCUUAGCGCAACAUUGCAGGAUGGGACAGUGUAUGUGUGUGUGUUGUGUGUCUAUGGGUGGGGGUGGGGGUGGGGUCGAAUCCGAUCAAAGUAUUGCCAUUUGGAGCAGAGUCCUAUAUAACUAGGCAGAUUUCCACAGUGUCUCAAGUUCUUUUGACUUUCAUUGUAGUAUAACAAGUUAUUAUCCAAACACAUUUCAGCCACACGUAUAAAAAACUGAAGGGGUUCGGUUAACGUCCUAUAACUAGGCUCCCAUAUUUCCUUCCUUUACGUUUUCAUGUUACAGCCAAAGUUGAUUUUCAUAUUUUUUUCUUGUAUUUAGUGUCGGACGAGAUUCUGCAGAAGUCGAUCAAUUCCAUGCAAGGAAACUUGAAGAAGCUUGAAAAAGAAUUAGAAACUUACAAGCCACUUAACGACCCGGAGGAUAAGUUCCUGACUGUUAUGAAGAUAUCCUUUCUUACAUUCAUUGACUUUCUUUGAACGGUUUCAGGGGCGGAUCCAGGAUUUUUUUAGGAGGGGUUACACUCAUCUCUUGCUCUACUUCAACACCAAUAAACCACAUAAUUUUUUUUUUUGCAGAAUACCAGUUGUAUUAGAAAACCGCAGGUCAUCUCAGGCGGGGCGGGGGGUGUGCACCCCCUGCACCCUCCCCCUAGAUCCGCCCCUGGGUUUUGUGCACCACAUAAUGACAUUCAGUAAAACAGAAAAGUACAGCUUAGUAGCUCCAAUUUGAAUGGUAGCACCUCAAGACUUCGUCCACAGACUCAAAAGGUAGAACCACCUUGCAUAGCAUAAUAUACAGUACCACAGGAAAUUAUUGCUCAGAAACUUUCAUUUGAAUGGUCACACUUUAGGAUUUCAUCCACAGACUCAAAAGAUAGAACCACCAUGUACAGAAUAGCAGACAGUACCACAGGCAAGUACUGCUCAGUAGCUUUCAUUUGAAUGGUCACACUUUAGGAUUUCAUCCACAGACUCAAAAGUUAGAACCACCUUGUACAGCAUGAUAAACAGUACCACAGGAAAGUACUGCUCAGUAGCUUUCAUUUGAAUGGUCACACUUUAGGAUUUCAUCCACAGACUCAAAAGUUAGAACCACCUUGUACAGCAUGAUAAACAGUACCACAGGAAAGUACUGCUCAGUAGCUUUCAUUUGAAUGGUCACACUUUAACAUUUCAUCCACAGAUUCAAAAGGUAGAACCACCUUGUACAGAAUAAUAACCAAUACCACAGGAAAGAUUCAUCUCAGUUUUUCCUUUAUGCCCCCAAAUGCAUGACAUGAUCAGAUGCAGUUUUUUUUCCUUAACUGCGCGUGCGCACGGUUUUUAUAGUAGCGCCAAGGAUCAAAUCGAUGUUCUUGUUGAGAUGCACAAAAACAUGACCACAAUGUACAAGGAACUCGUCGAAUUUUUCUGUUUGGACAUAAAGAAGACAUCCAUGGAAGAGUUCUUUGGUGAUAUCAAAACCUUCUUGGACGCCUUCGAGGUAAAUCAAUGGUAGAUUUAAGUGAAAUUCGAGGUGAUAUAUUGGCAUGUAACGCGCAUUGACCUGUGGAAACAUAACUCCUUAAAUCUGUUUUCUUCGCCCGCACAAGUACAUGUAGGUGUUAUACACCGUGUUGUUCGAUUUCUUCACAGAAAGCGAAAAAGGAGAAUGCCAAAAGAAAGGAAAAAGAAGAAAAGGAUCGAAAAGCGAAAGAAAGAGCGGUAAGAAAACAAUGCCCCUAAGUUUUCUUAUUUAGUUGAUUAUUUUUUUUUCUUUCCCUUUAUAAUUCAUCAGGACUAAAAUAGUCACUCACGGAAAACUUUACUUCACCUGAUUUACGGUAGAAUAUCGCAACGCCUGUACAAUGAUUUUCUUAGGGAAAUUUUGAAGUUUAUUCUAAGUGGUUGUGUGUACUCUUGAAAACUAUUGUCAUUUUGAUAUAGUAGGAGUAAUUGCGAAAGUAGCUCGUAUCGUUUAUGUAGACCCUUGUACACUUUCCCGCGUUUGACUGACGUACGUUUACGUCAAAAUAUGAUUGGUUCGUUAAAGUGUUUUUGUGAAUUACAAAUGUGAGUGCUUAGCUCAGCUCUACACCAGGGUUUUAAGAGUCUUUUUUCCGUAGGAAAAAGAAAAAGAAAGGAAAAAGCGCAUGGAGGCAGAGAAAUCCAAGAGAAAACCUGUUGUCGACAUGAGUGCAGGUUCGUAAAGUGUUCAUGUUCGUAAAAAUCUUUAUGGUGAAACAGGUGCUCUUUCAUGAUCGGUAAGGUUAUCGGUCUCGACCAAUUGUUUUAGUUAACAGUAUUGUAUUGUUGUCCUACAAAUUGUUUUCUUUUGUAGAUGAUGACCAAGAGGGAGUAUUGGACGGACUAAUGGAAGCUCUUAACACAGGAUCUGCGUUUAGAGAUCCCUCAAGACCCGCAAGGAAGAAGGCAGGAGGCAAGAAAGGUGAGAUCACGCUAGUCACGAAACCUGUCUCUCGUCACGCGAUACUGCCACAAAAUGUGCUAACGUCAUCAAUUGUCUAAAAGUUUGUUUCUGUUACACAGAGCGGUAUGUUAUUUUUCUUGCAAGAUUUUUUUCCACAAUAGGACAUUUACGACUUUCAAAAACCCUCACUUCAAAACCUAGGCCAGGGGCAGAACUUUUGAUGUGAAAAUGAGUCAAAUCUAAAUGAGGAUGGAAAAUAGUUUUGAUAACAAAGGCAUCGCACUUAACCUGGUGAUCAUUUAGGGUAACUCGAAAAUAGCCCAGGGUUCCACAUUGUUUAACACUGAAACACUUUUUUCACCUCAACAGCUCGACCUGUUGACUUGAUGCGCUCGCGAACUCGCACAAAUAUACCAGUACAAAAAAUAAUGGAGGCGCAGGACAUGAUCGAUCAAAAGCAUCACUCGGUUAAUAUUCCCGUGGAUGAUCAACCAGUUCCUCCGUCGAGAAAUCGUCCAAGAAGAGACGACAGGAGAGGUGGCGAAAAAAAUGAGGCACAAUUAGAAAACGAGGCUCACGACAUUUUGGAGAGAUUAAAGAAGUUAUGA